AUGGCCUACACGUUGUUAGCCACGUUAAUACUUGUCGCUCUUUCGCGUUCAUCCGCUGUGCCAAAACCCGCGUCACUUGAUCUCUUCGCCCCACUUCCGGAUUUCAAACACAAAGAGGAGCUAUUGGAGCACUAUGGCGACUUUAUGUUGUCCACGAUGAAUCGCAGCGUGGAUCCUUGUGAGAAUUUCUAUGAAUACGCUUGCGGUAGCUGGAAGGAGUCAAAGAUGUUGACCGAAAAGGCACGGAAUACGAGCGUCUUGGGUGUCAUUCAGGAGCGGAUUAACGAUCAGAUUUUGGCCUUCCUUCAGAAUGCCACGCAAGAGCAACUGCAGGAUAAGAAUCAUUCCACGAGUGCCGAGUGGAAGGCCAAACAGUUCUUUGCUAGCUGUGUGCAGAUGAAGGCGAAUCUCUCUCUGGGCUAUGAGAAAAUCAUGGGACAGCAGGACGAUCGUUAUGCGGUGGAGUGGAAGCAGCAUUAUCAGAAUGUCAGCCAGGAUUGGAUCUACCUCAAUUUCAUGUCCCACUACGACGUUUAUCCGCUGCUCCCGAUGAGGUUGCACUAUAAUACAUCGGGUCGAAAGUUUGAUAUUCUACUCUCGGGACCUUCCAAGGCACUGGCGAAUGUUAAUGAGGAGCAAUUGCAGAAUAUGACACGAGAUUUCGGCAUCAUCGAUGAGCAGAAGCGUAAAGAUUUCCUCUCUAACUUUGCGAAUCUUACGCAAUUUGAACGGAAUCUUACGCAAUUGGCUAAACAUCGCAAUGACACGGAGCAGUUGAAGUUGGGAGAAUUCAUUACCCGCCAUAAGGAGGAUCGCUUGAAUUGGACGCGUUACUUUGAUGUGGCCUUUAAUGGCACACAGAGAUCGUCCUGGCCAGUGAUUAAUCUUCUGGAGGAUGUGGGUGAACUUGUGCACUUCCUGGAACGCACGGAGCUAAAUGUUUUACGCUCUUAUGUCCAACAUCGUGUGCUCAUCAAGUUCUACGAGGUGUGGAAAACAAAGACGAGGAAUGGAACUUUAGCCAGUGAAUGUCGCGUCAUCACUGAGACUUACUUUAAUUAUGCGCUGUUGCCUUGGUUUAUUGAGCAAAACUUUGACAAGGAGCGACGUGCUGAUGUCUUAACUCUAGCCAAGCACAUCAAAGAUACGUUCUAUGAUCUGCUCGAUCAAUACAGCUGGUUGGAUGAUGAGACACGCUCGGAGGCGAAGACGAAGUUAUCAUCAAUGGAUAUUCUGGUUGGUUACAGUGAUGAUCUGCAACAUCGCGAGAUUUUCGAUGCUGUGUACAGUAAUCAGAAUAUGACCAACGAUUGGUAUGAGAAUCUCGUCACGCUUGAGAAGAAUCGAGCGAAAGUCAAGCUACGAUCGGUGGAUAAAGCGUUGAUACCACAAGUUCAAAUGACACGCAUUGCGAAUGCUUACUACGCGGGUUAUUUCAACCAGGCUUUCAUUGCCAUUGGCAUAUCCCAGUGGCCACUUUAUCACGUCGAUUUUCCUGCCGUGCUCAAGUUUGCUGGGAUUGGAAAUAUUGUUGGUCAUGAGAUGGCUCACGGAUUUGACUCGACGCUCUAUCAGUACAACUACGAUGGAAAGAAGGUUAACUGGUGGUCAGCUGCUUCGUUGCGCAACUUCAAGGAACGCUAUCGCUGCUUGGAGUCGCAGUAUAACAAAUACAUUCUGCUGGGAGUGCAGACUAAUGGCACCCUGACAUCGGGUGAUAAUAUUGCCGAUAAUGUGGGUGCUCGAAUGGCGUAUCGGGCCUAUGAGAGGAACAUGGGCAGCAAGGCGUGGCAAAAGAGGCCGCUACAGGGAAUUGAUUACAACAACAAACAGCUCUUCUUUCUCAAGUUCGCUCAAUCCUGGUGCACGGGAGCGGAUAACGCUUCGAAGCUAAGCAAAAUAAAGAGCGAUGAACAUGCCUACGAAGAGUUCCGAGUCAUUGGAACACUUAGCAACAUGCCCGAGUUCAGUGAGGCUUUCAAUUGCAAACUGGGAACGGAUAUGAAUCCGCUCAAGAAGUGUGUUGUUUGGUAG